AUUCAGGCUUGGACAUGCUCCUGCGGCUCCGGUCUUCCUCCAAACCAGUGAGAUCCAGCUAGACAUGCGCGCGCGCGCGCAUCCUCGGAGCCUUCCCCACCACUUGGUUCUUCCAGUAGUGAAGGCACCCGGGACUGGCCCCAGUCAUCAUCUCAGGCGCUGCCGGGCCAUUCCGGCGUGUGGGUGCCACGCUAGGGCAGUGCCGGUAGAGACGCACCAAGGCGAUCUCUUGUAGCCGGCCAUGGACGGCGGCAGCGGCAAGGGGACGUGCCGAUUGAUGUUGGACGCCUAGAGGAGGCAGCGGAGGAAACAAACUUGCAGAUAAAUCGCGAAGCAGACGCAGACGCAGAGGUGGAAGGGAGGUCGAGGGCGGCCAGGCGGGCGAUGGCCACGGCCGCCGCCGACGCCGCCGCCGCCGUCCCUGACGCCCGGAGGUGGAGCAAGGCCGGCCCUUCGUCGCCGGUCACCACCGCCAUCUUCCUCUUCUUCUUCGUCGUCGUGGUCGGCGUCCUCGUCUCCGCCCGUUGGAUCACCACCACCGUGAGUCCGGCCUUUUUUUGCUCGCAAGUUUCUCUUUCCGUGAGAAUGUUUAGGGAAGAACCACCGCUCGGCGAUCCGUUAGGCUCUUACUUACACGGAUUUGAUUUGUCAUCAUGCGUGCAGACUCAUCUGGCAAUCACCAAUCUGGAUCAGUGGCGCACACAGCCGGCAAUCCUGACGGCCACGCUUACCACCUCCAUCCCCGCCAUCCCGGCCGGCCCGCCGCCGCCGCGCCCCACCUACUCCCUCUCCUGCUCGGCGCCGCCGCUCACCCGCGACCCCGACAUCCCCAGCAACAUCUCCCAGACCCUCUCCCUCGCGCUCUCCUCCAACGCCACCUGCGCCUCCGUCCCCGACCCCCAGCCGAUCCCCCCCGCCGCCGCCGCCGACGCCGACGCCAACGCCACCUGCCCCACCUACUUCCGCUUCAUCCACGAGGACCUCCACCCAUGGCGCGCGGUGGGGGGCAUCACGCGCGCGAUGCUCGACCGCGCGCGCGCCACCGCCAACUUCCGCCUCGUCGUGCUCCGCGGCCGGGCCUACAUCGAGCGCAUCGCGCCGGCCUUCCAGACGCGCGACCUCUUCACCAUUUGGGGCAUCCUCCAGCUGCUCCGCCGCUACCCUGGCCGCGUCCCCGACCUCGACCUCAUGUUCGACUGCGUGGACUGGCCGGUUGUCCACGCCGACGAGUACCAGGGGGACAACGCCACCGCCAUGCCGCCGCUUUUCCGCUACUGCGGCGACAACGAGACGCUCGACGUAGUCUUCCCGGACUGGUCCUUCUGGGGCUGGGCCGAGAUAAAUAUAAAGCCGUGGGAUGCACUGCAGAAGGAUUUGAAUGAAGGCAAUAAGAAGGUGAGAUGGAUAGAUAGAGAACCUUAUGCUUACUGGAAAGGGAAUCCAGACGUCGCAGCUAUAAGGCAAGAGCUGGUUAAGUGUAAUGUGUCCAGUGAACAAGAAUGGAAUGCACGGAUUUUCAAACAGGAUUGGAUCAAAGAAAGCAAGGCAGGAUACAAGAAAUCAAAUUUGGCCAGUCAAUGCACCCAUAGGUACAAGAUCUACAUUGAAGGAUCAGCAUGGUCAGUCAGUGAGAAGUAUAUCCUAGCUUGUGAUUCCAUGACGCUGGUGAUUAAACCAAAAUACUACGAUUUCUUCUCAAGGGUGCUGAUGCCCACUCAGCAUUAUUGGCCAGUUCGAGAUGACAAUAAGUGUGGCUCCAUAAAGUAUGCUGUUGACUGGGGAAAUUCUCACAAGAAAAAGGCACAUCAAAUAGGAAAGAAGGCAAGCAAGUUCAUUCAACAAGAACUUAGUAUGGACUAUAUAUACGAUUACAUGUUUCACCUCUUAACUGAGUAUGCUAAGCUCCUAAGAUUCAAGCCAACCAAGCCACCUGAAGCUGUUGAGGUCUGUCCCGAAUCUUUGGCCUGCCAAGCCAUAGGUCGGGAGAAGAAGUUUAUGCAAGACUCCAUGGUGAAGUCUGCUAACGUUGCAGGCCCAUGCAAUCUGCCUCCUCCCUUCAGCCCUGAGGAAUACAAAAAGCUACAACAGAGGAAAGAAAAGUCAAUUAAACAGGUCGAAACGUUGGAUCAAAAUGCUUCAAAGCUCGAGGAGCGAAAUUCUUCAAAACCUGAGGAUAGCAAUCCCGGGGAACGAAAUGCUUCAAAACCUGAGGAUAGCAAUCCCGAGGAGCGAAAUGCUUCAAAGCCCGAGGAGCAAAAUGCUUCAAAACCUGAGGAUAGCAAUCCCAAGGAGCGAAAUGCUUCAAAGCCCGAGGAGCGAAAUGCUGCAAAGCCCGAGGAGUGAAAUGCUUCAAAACUUGAGGAUAGCAAUUGUUGAGAACUCCCUAGUUUUUUACUUCCCCGAGGACUCGUGUAUAAAGUUUGCUCAAUUUUUUAGUAUUCAUGGUUGUACUAAUUUUGUGUUGUAAUAUCAACAGCUUCUUAUUUGAAUGUUCAUACGUGUAACAUCUAGAAAAGUUAAAGAUUAUUUUAGAUCUC